AUGCAGAGUUUCCCAUUCCCCAACGCCAGCACUGGCUCCGGUGAUCUUCCACCACCAUACUCAACACCGCCGAUGCCAGAGCACUCCUGCCCCACAGCCGCCACAGCAUUCAAGAUCCUCGAAGAAACCCGUCAGUCCAAGGACUGGUCCAUGGAUACCAGUCGUGAAGGCCGCUAUUCGAUAGAUACAAAUCUCAGAGCAAGCCUGAUCACUUUGCUUCUUUCACUACCAACUUCGCUCCUAAUUCCAAGUCGUAAGACACGAGAUCUGCCGUCACCAAAACACAACCGCCAAGCCAUUUCCUUCUCUAACAUGAAGCGAUCAGACAGCCUUGAAUCCAACAGUUGGACCGAACCACCACCUCCAUACUCGUCAAUGCCAGAGCGUAUAUGCUCUACGACUGCCGAGGCUUUGGAAAUCAUCAAGGAGCAACGCCUGUGCCCUUUCAGCGUCUUUGAAGAGAGGUAUGGCACUCUCAUCGACUCAAAGCCGGCCGUGGUUGAAUGUCGUGUCACGGAAAUUCGCAAGGAACUGGAGCAGAUUAUUUCCGCUGACUAUCUAUGCUAUGAGCGUUCCACGAGAAUCGUGUAUGCCGGGCACCGAUUUACGUUCACAGAUCCUGACGUUGGGCGUGGCUUUCACAACACUUUGCAGAUUGAGCAUGACAAGAAAGCAAAGGCUCUGAAGCGGAGGACGCGGAAAUUGGGAGUGCGCAUGCUCGUAUUUGAUCUCAACCUGUUGGCCAAAUUAAAGUCAAAGAUUGAGAAGCGGCCUUUGCCGAUGGGAGACUAUGUUUGA